AUGAAGCCUCAAACAGUAAAAAAAACCACGACUGCAGUAGCUCACUGCAAACGUAGAAACAGAACAGUCAAGGUCAAUGGAUGCCCACUAGAUCCGAUGGAUCCUGAAAUUCUCCAUGUUGAACUUCAAGAGCCAGUUUUGCUGCUGGGCAAAGAGAUUUGCUGGGGUGGUUAUGUAGCACAGAUCUAUAAUAUCUUAUCUAAUUAUCAAAAAUAUGUGGAUGCAAUCUCCAAGAAAGAGAUCAGGGAUGUCUUGAUUCAGUAUGACAGAUCUCUGCUGGGUGCAGACCCUCGUUGCUGCGUGCCCACGAUCUUUAGGGGCCCUGGAGCUGGUACCAGAUGUCAGAAAUCUUAUCGUUAG